UCUAUAUGUGCCCUGCCAUUGGCUAGUGACCAGUCCAUGGUGUACCCCACCUCUCACCCAAAGUCAGCUGGGAUAAGCUCCAGCAUGCCCCCGCGACCCUAGUGAGGAUAAGGAGCAUAGAAAAUGGAUACAGGGAUGUUAAUGUAAUUUUUCAGAUGUCACUUGCUGUCUGCAGCCCACACAGAAUGGAUCCGCGACCCACUUUUGGGUCCCGACCCACCAGCUGCGAAUCACUGCUCUAAUUGGUGAAAAUGUGAGAAAUUGUCACAAUGUUGCCAUUUUCCUUACAGUCAAGUUAGUGAAGUGUGCAACACUGCAAGGGUUUGUGCAUGUAUGAGCAGGAUAGCCGUGUCGCAGCAUUUUACUGCCUUUUAUAUGAUUUUCCUUCAAAUUUUAGGUGAAAUUCCGAGUUUUUCAGCCCUUUAUGUAAGUUUAGGAUUGUUUUGCUUGAAUGAUUAAAAAGUUAAAGUUACAAGCGCUACACAUGUGGCUGGAUAUUCUGGUUCUUGUGUCACAUUGCAGACACAUUUCUCACUACCAGGCUAAAGAGGAAAUAGUAAGCCUGCAUAGUUCUUUUAAAAAAAAUCCUCACAUACUGAUGUCAAAGAUUGUCUGCGGUUGGAUUCCUGUUAGCUGCAUCUUCGAAACAUCUAAAAGUUGCAUUAAAAAGUCUGGAAAACAAAAUAGAUGAUCCCCUUUUCUGUGCAUGGGAUUCAAUUAGAAUGAGGAAGCGUCUACUGUUAGAAAGCCCAUAAUUUAUUCAUGGUGGCCGCUCCUACUACAAAGGUGUACUUGGAUCAACCCAACAGAUCCACCGAAGUUAUGCUGAAGGUUGUGAAAGUUCUACUUCAUAAUGGAGACAGAGUACUGGAGACUUAUGCAGUACUUGAUGAUGGCUCAGAACGAAGUCUUCUCUUGCCACAUGCUGUGCAACGCCUGCGCCUCACCUCAGAGCCUGAGACACUCACCCUCCGAACUGUUCACCAAAGGAUAACACAGCUUCAUGGUGCUUCUGUUUCCUUUCAUGUGUCCUCCCUGUCCAAACCCCAGGAGAAGUAUCUUAUACGUCAGGCAUUCACUUCUGACAACCUCAGUCUCUCAGAACACUCUUAUCCAGUGACUACACUCCAACGGAAAUAUAAACACCUCUGCAACUUACCUUUGCCUCCCGUUGACCAAGCUCAACCCCUGCUGCUUAUCGGCUCAGAUAUGGCUCAUCUCUUGACUCCCAUAGAACCGGUGCGCUCAGGUCCAUCAGGGGGACCCAUUGCAGUCCACACUAAGCUUGGCUGGUCACUUCAAGGCCCCACCAGUAUUGACCAAGUACCUGCAUCAGAGCAACAGUGUCUGUUGACAGUAACCGACUCACCGACCUAUGAGCUCUUCAAGAACGUUGGGCGUCUUUGGCAGAUUGACACGCUGCCUUAUGCUAACGAGAAACAAGUAACUCGGUCGAAGCAAGAUCAGCAAGCCUUAGACCUCCUACAAACCUCCACAAUCAGGAUCACUAUUGACAAGGUGGAAAGAUACGCCACACCGUUGCUCCGCCGAGACAACUCCACUACCCUUCAUGCCCCCAAAGAAGCAGUAUUGCCAAGUCUUCGAAGGACAGAAAGGAGACUUGCCAAAGACUCGCAACGUGUCCAAGUAUACUGUCAUGAGAUCCAGAAUCUUACCGACGUGAGCAACUGGAGGUAUUUGGAUAGUGCAAACAACCCAGUCAAUGACAUCACUCGGGGCAAGACCUUGAAGGAGCUCGCCAGACCACCCCAUUGGCACCAAGGACCUGACUUCCUGCGUCACACAGAGGACUUUUGGCCAACCAGUCCGACAGCCUGUCCAGAGUCACAUGAUGUUGAGCUGAGGAAAGCUUCAUUCUGUGGAAAUGUGACAGUUAGAUCUUGCCCACAACUACUUGAUGUUAGCCUGUUCUCCACAUGGAAGGACCUAAUACAGGCUACAGUGCAAUCCCUUCAUGGGGCGGCUGAUCCGGAUCCCAUCAGGCCUAACAUUCUAUCGAUAGGACGUUAUGAUGCCUCACUACCUCAAGCCGUUUAUGACACAAGGAACGUUCUUGGGAGUCGUUGAUGGAGACAUAGUCAAGUUCUCGUUGAUCACUUCUGGUCCAGAUUCAUCAGCGAAGAGAGAGACAGAAGUGGCAGAAAGAUGGGAAGUACAUCUCACCCAACCAAGUGGUGCUCAUUGUGGAUCCUCAGCUCCCGCGAGCUUCAUGGCCUGUUGGGAAGGUGACAUCUACUUACCCGGGAGCUGAUGGCCGAAUCCGGACGGCUGCUGUAAAGGUCAAAGAUCGGACCUAUAUUCGACCAGUAGCACGCAUGGUCCAAGACUGAAGAAGUAGAAAAGGACACACCCUCUUGAAUGGACUUUAUACCUUGGAUUCGACUGUCUAUGCAGACAAGUCGGGGGCGGCUGUGUUAGAAAGCCCAUAAUUUACCAUGUUUUGUGUUGUUUAUGCUUCACUGGUAAUGUUUAGAUUUGGGCGUUGUUUUGUCCCACUGUGUUCGGCCGUCAGUGAACGCACCGCAGUAGUGUGAUGUUGUGUCAGUUGAAACGUCUUUUUUAUUACUUCUCCGAUGCUGUACAGGCACCACAUCCUAGUUUUCCUAAGUUAAUGCUGUGCGUGAAUGCAUAAAGUACCACAGCAUAAAGCCUUAUAAAGACCACAGUUUACCAGUGCUUGCUGCCGCUUAUUGACCAAAUCCACCAAACAGAGGACAACUUGCCGUGUUCUUUGACUUGAACACACAUCUAUACCUUUGACCGCUCCAAACCAGUGCAUCCUUGGAGACAUCUCAACACCCUGAGAACCCUCUCCGUUUCAGUCUACAGAGGCUCAAGUGAACACUGGCUACAUGAAGUCAUGUUUGAUUUUGGCCUCAGGAGACCAAAGAAUCCCUGACCCCAUGCUGACUCCAUCUGAUGCUCAACAGACCUGUUUGGUUCUACUGCAUUUCUUUCUUAUCUUUUAUCGCUUAGCCAUUAUGAGGUCAUUGUUUCAAAUUUUAGGUGAAAUUCCGAGUUUUUCAGCCCUUUAUGUAAGUUUAGGAUUGUUUUGCUUGAAUGAUUAAAAAGUUACACUGUGGCUGGAGUAGAACACAUUGUUUACAUAAUGUCUUCUAAACAUUAUUCCAUGAUAGCGACAAGGCUGUAAAGCAGAGGUGCUUACACUUUUUUAGCCUGAGAGCGACUUUUAAAAUGGCCCAAAGAUCUACCUACUAAUAUAAAUAUAGAAAGUAUAUAUAUUUACUAUAUUUACUAUAUUUACUACAAAGUGACAUUUACGCGAUCGACCCAAACUACCUUGGUGAUCUACCGAUAGCUCACGAUCAACGUAAUGGCCACCCCUGCUGUAAAGUAUGUUAUAUUAACAUGUUUUCACAGCGAUAUGUAUGCUCAGCAGCUGCGACAAAAUAUAAAAUAAGUCAGGCUAUAAAGACCCAUUUACACUUAUUAAGAAGCCAAUUUAAAACAAUAAUUGAAGGAUAAGCAACUCCAGAGUAAUUUACACUUAUCGGUCUGUGUUUUGAAGGCGACCAAUCUUCAUCUUCAUGUCUUAAGGCUUAAGUCCAUGUUCUGCGAGUUCUCUAUUCGAUCUUCAAAUGUUUCUCCCUUCUUUUCUCCUUGAAAUCUAUUGGCACAUCGUUCAAAUCUUCACUAUAAUCACUGUAAACAUCAUCUGUCUCGUAUAUCGCUGUUUGUAUAGCUGAGUAACGGUACUCCGUACUUUUAAAACAAAUCCCCCCUUUCCUUUCAUGCAUUCUCAGUGACAAUUACACGCCCACACAUUUCUGCACCUUUACAUAUAUAUGAAGUCUUCCUCACAUACAGAGAUACCUGUACAUAUGCACACUCACAGUACAUACGUACUUCCCCACAUUACUCACUGAGUUAACCAGGGUGUUAUUAUGUUGUUGGUUUUAUUACAGCGACGGUGAUAUCAGCAGUAUGACUAUAUGUAUGUGUGUGUGUGUGU